UAUGGAAAAGUGUAAGCCAUUCAAAAGUUUAAGAAAAAAAAAAACCAAUUUGUUGUUUUGUCAAAUGUAUAAAUAAUGGAAAAGAAUAAGCAAGUCAAGUGCUCUCUCUCUCCCACCCAUCGAUUCCUCUCGAACACUGCCCCAAUCCCUCCCCAUACUCUCUCUCUCUCUCUCUCUCUCUUUCGACAAAGAAAAAGUCAGCGCCGUCCUUUACGCCAUAGUUUGUCUCCUUCUCUCUCUCUCUCCUCGCCAACAGAAUCACAAAGCAAAGAAGCUUUCCCAAAAACACCCACGAAUUCAAGAUCGCCAUGUCCUCCGAUGAUUGGGAUCUGAACGCCGUCGUCAGAAGCUGUAGCUCCUCUGUUUCCACAGCUACUACUAUAAACACAAACCCUUGUAUUGGUCAUGAAGAAGACGACGGAGGAAACUGUAAACAACAACAAGAUCCUCCUCUUCCUCCUCCUUCUCCUCUGUUCACACACAUCCAUGGAGACAGAGAGACUUCUUCUUCUUGCAACGAGCUACAAGAUUCUUGCAAACCUUUUUUACCCGUUACUACUACUACUACUACUACUUGGUCACCUCCUCCUCUACUUCCUCCUUCUUUAGCUUCAUCAUCAGCUCCUAAUGUCUUAAUGAAACAAGAACAAGUACAUCAUCUCGAAUCAUCAUCAUCAUCACAAGAUCAUCAGAAACCUCCUCUUGGUGUUAGGGUUUUCCCACCAUCCACUUCUUCUUCUUCUUCUGUCUUUGUUUUCAGAGGUCAACGCGACCAGCUUCUUCAACAACAAUCCCAACCUCCUCUUCGAUCUAGAAAAAGAAAGAAUCAGCAAAAGAGAACCAUAUGUCAUGUAACGCAAGAGAAUCUUUCUUCUGAUAUGUGGGCUUGGCGCAAAUACGGUCAGAAACCCAUUAAAGGCUCUCCUUACCCAAGGAACUACUACAGAUGCAGUAGCUCAAAAGGAUGUUUAGCUAGAAAACAAGUUGAAAGAAGUAACUUAGAUCCUAAUAUCUUCAUCGUCACUUACACCGGAGAACACACUCAUCCACGUCCUACUCACCGGAACUCUCUCGCCGGUAGUACUCGUAACAAAUCUCAACACGUUAACCCGAUUCCUAAACCCGACUCAUCAUCAGGUCAAACCGUUCUUGGGUCCAAUACGGUUAAAGACGAGAUUCAUCUUUCUCCGACGACACCGUUGAAAGGAAACGACGACGUUAGAGGAACAAACGGAGAUGAAGAUAUGAUGAGUCAAGAAGUCAACAUGGAUGAAGAAGAAGAAGAAGAAGAGGAAGAAGAAGUAGAAGAAGAAGAUGACGAAGAUGAUGACGUGGACGAUAUUUUGAUACCGAAUUUAGCUGUGAGAGAUCGAGAUGAUUUGUUCUUCGCUGGAAAUUUUUCCUCUUGGUCCGCCGGAUCCGCCGGAGACGGUGGUGGAUGAUGGAAAGACGAAUAAUUUCAGUUUAUAAAAAAAAAAAGGAUAAAAGUCAGUUUUUAAUUAUUAUAUUUAUUUGUUAAAAAUUUGACAUUUAUUGUGUUAUUAAAAAAAUAUAUAGAGUGAGACAGAGAAAGAAUGACUAGUCAUUAAAAUCA